GUCAGACGAAGAUUAAAGGACGUGGGUUAUCCCUGAAAUAUCCACAGGGGCUGUUUGCAGCGGAUUCGUCGAGAGGGCACGGUAAACAGCCCGGGAGCCAUUUGUGUACGGAUGCUUUCCGUCGUUGCAUGAAUAUGCAUGCAAAGCAGCAGCAGCAGCAGCGUCAAGUGAUGCUGUGACGAAAGACGACAAGAGGUGAAGACGGAAGAGGAGGUGGACGAGCCGCGCGCAUCUUUCCUGGCAGGAGGCGGCGGCUGAGGAGGAUGGUGCCGGGGGCCCCUAACGUGGGUAGCGCCACCAGCAUGCUCCCCGCCUCGGAGGCAGCCAAGAUCUACCAGACCAACUACGUCCGCAACUCGCGCGCCAUCGGCGUGCUGUGGGCCAUCUUCACCAUCCUGUUCGCCAUCGUCAACGUGGUGUGCUUCAUCCAGCCCUACUGGAUCGGCGACGGUGCAGACACCCCGCAGACGGGCUACUUUGGUCUCUUCCACUACUGCAUCGGCAGCGGCUUAUCCCGGGAGCUGACGUGCCAGGGCAGCUUCGCCGAGUUCUCCAGCAUCCCGUCCGGCGCCUUCAAGGCCGCCGCUUUCUUCAUCGCCACGUCCAUGGUGCUGGUGCUGGGCUGCAUCGGAUGCUUCGCGCUCUUCUUCUUCUGCGGCACCGGCACCGUCUACAAGAUCUGCGGGUGGAUGCAGCUGGCUGCAGGCACCUGUCUGAUCCUGGGUUGCAUGAUCUACCCGGACGGCUGGGACAGCGAUGAGGUCAAGCGUAUGUGCGGCGAGCAGACGGACAAAUACACGCUAGGCGCCUGCUCCCUGCGCUGGGCCUACAUACUGGCCAUCAUGGGCAUCAUGGACGCCCUCAUCCUCUCCUUCCUCGCCUUCGUGCUGGGCAACCGCCAGGACAGCCUCAUGGCCGACGAGCUUCUGCUGGAGAAAAGUGUGAACAACGCCAUAUAACGUGCAAGCCAGCCUCUACAUGCUUCUAAAAGGUUGUGACGUCAUCAAUUCCAAUCUGAGCAGAGAUGAUGGGAAAGACCCCCCCAAACGAUUGUUGAGAUGGACAAGAAACUCGGAACGUGUAAAGUAGCACAUACUUGGAAUUGGCUGCUUGUUUUUGGGCAGUUUUUUUCUCUCCACGGGUUGCUUGGCGGGUUUAGGACAAGAAAUGAGACUAUGGACCACAUUCGUAAAUCAUUUUCAAUUUUCUUACACUUAAAUGUUUGAUGUGAUUAAGUGGUGGACGUGAUAAUGAUCCAUUUCACAUAAAAAAAAAAAAAAGAUACCGUCUAUAGGUGGUGUGUAACUAUGUGUGCCAUCCGUGUAUUUUUGUGGAGUCCUUCAAAGCAAAUAUUUUCUUUUUUUGGGUCAUUAACUGACAAUUCAUCUACCUCUACAGUCCAGUCAUGACGUUUUGUUUUUUUGUGUGACUCGCAGAAAACAUGUACAAAUUAAGCAUAAAUGUGAAUAUAUGGUGCGGUUCAAUUAAUGGAUAUUGGAAAAUGUAACAAGAACUUUUUGGAACAAGGAACAUUUUGUGUUUUUGAUUUUGGUUUACAUUUUUCCGGCUGUCAUUUAUCGGAGACAAGAGACACAUUGCUGGACGGUUUUUAGUACUAGUGCAGUGGUGCCUUUUGUUUCGUAACCUCGCAAAUCAUCAUAAAUCAUCUU